GAAAGAUUAACAGGUAAAAAUUGCAUAGAGCCUUUAGCAGCAACACUAACAACAUGGAAUCUGCAACAAUAAGCAGAAAAUGGAAGCAGCUUUUGCUCUUUGCAUUUCUCUCAACUUUAACUCACGGACAAAACCAUUCUCCCUGCCUUCCCACUGACUUUUCUUUUGAGCAGCUUGACAAACAACUUCAGGACAUAAAAAACAGUUUGGAAACUGUAUCUGACAACUGGACAUCAUACCAACAUGGAAACAUAUUUAAUAAACUACAAGCGUUAACUGAUAUCAUUCAGAGGCAAGACAACAAAGCGUUUCAGAAGUUAUUGCCAGAAAACUGUUCAGCUCCAGAUGUGCCCGAGAAUGGAGGCCUGCUGUGUUUAUCUGUGAAGGAUAAGAUCUACUGUAAACCUAUGUGCAAUGCGGGCUAUGAUUUCAAUUUCAUGAGAAGAUCAAGGCUGUUUGAGGAAUGCAGUACUGCCACAAGACACAAAUGGACAACACAGUACAUUGGUGGCAACAGGCUGGCUAUAUGCAACAAGUCCCACAUUGCGGUGUCAGGAGUCCCCUCUGCCUACUUCCCUAAGGACCAGGAUUGUCACAUAACAAAGAGCAAUGAACAACUAAUGCAGAACAUCACAAACAUCUUUAAAUCUGAGCUGGCUAAAGCGGAGACCACACAAGCAGAGUCUACCAAACUUCUCUGUGGCAACAAGAACAACAACUAAAUCCAAGAUGUACAAAUGAACCAUGACCACUUCUCUUUUUUUGGAUUUAUCUUGAUUAAGUAAAAAUGUUACCUUAAGGAAAUCGCAUGCAGUUGUAAUGAUGUAAAAACAUUAAGUACAAAAUCAAAUCGAUCAUAAUAAUAACUAAAGUAUCUUUAUUUAGGGCUAGUAUAGAAAUAAAGUAGAUGAAGAGCAUAAAAUAUAAGGGGCAUUUACAAAC